AUGGCAGUCGGUCGCCGAGCGCCAAGUGUCAUGCUAUGGCAGCGCUUGGCGAGCCAGGCUGCAGCAAGCCGUCUUCCAAACCGAGCAGCCGUGCUAGGCGCACCUUCCAGCCCGUUCGUGGUCCCAGGAUGCAAACUGGGUGCAGACUCCAGAUCGUCUCCUGGUCUUCUACACCUGGGUUUUGGUGCCUGCAGGAGCUUCUCGUCCUCCUCCAGGGCCGAGGAUCCUUACAAGAUUCUCGGCAUCAGCCGAAACGCCACACAAGAGGAGAUAAAGAAGGCCUACAAGAAGGAGGCCAUGAAGUGGCAUCCUGAUAGGCAGCCGCCAGAGAAGCGAGACGAGGCUCAAAAGCGCUUCACUGAGGUGGCCAAUGCCUACGAGACGCUCUCCGAUCUCGAAAAACGCAGAGCCCACGAUGUUGGCGGAGGCACGAAUGGCUUUCCUGGUGGGUUCCAUGCUGGUGGAAACACGCAAGCAAGCGCGGAGGACCUCUUCCGACAGGUGUUUGGACAGGGUGGCUUCCACGAGCUCUUCCGGGGCAUGCAGGGCAUGCAGGACAUUCCAGGCUUUGGUUCCCCUGGCAUCAUCGGCGUUGGCUCCACUGUCAAGGUGCACACAGACAAGCACCGAGUGCUGGCUCUCUGCCGGAAAGCGGGCAUCGACAGCGAAAAUGACGGCCUAAGGAUAAAGUCCCUGGGCAAGGAAGGGCGCGUCAUCAAGGUGGACCGCGACGACAACACGGCCAAAGUGACUGUGAAGGGCGUUGGCGAUGUUUGGUUGCCAGCCGAAGCCGUGAACGCGGCAGGGGGCAUGGGCCUGGACAGCUUCAUGUUCACGAGUCCUUUCGUGAACACGCCCUUCGGCGGCGGAGGUGGUUAUGCACAGCAGAAGACGGUGCAACAGAGGAUGGUGCGAAAGCCAGAUGGGCGAGAAGUGUUACAGAUCAUCGUGCAGACGCGCGGUCCCGAUGGUCAGAUUCGCCAGGAAGUGUCGGAGGUUCCCGUGCAGCGCGGCUAG